UUUCUUCGCAGAGAAACCGCGGCGCCAACUUUCCUGACCGGAGAUUUUCUCAUGCUCAUCUGGAAGAUUCGUUUCUGUUCCGAUCGACAGGUCGAAAUUUUUUUUAUAUUUUUGAAAAUGGAGCGUUUAUUAAAAGUCUAUGCCUUCAUGACAUUAACGUCCGUCGCGACAAUGCAUGGUGUUCAUCACAGGCCGAUUAGUCCUUUUCUCUGGCAACCACAAACUGCGCCGCCUCCGGCGAAUCAUCCGCCUCCGGCAUAUUUUCCCGCUGGCCAUCAGCCUGCUCCAGUUCAUCCUUCAUACCCACCUCAGCCAAGCCCAGCAAUUGAGUGCGGCGUGAGUUACUCCGAGGAACAUUGCGACGAAUGCGGAGACCCGAACAGGCCGUACAGGCCUCACCUUUACAACGCGGUGAACGUCGACGAAUACUUCCAGAAAGCCAUGAACCCGGAAAUCGACUUGCGACAGGGUCCCAGCAGUCCGGACUACGAUAAGCUGGUGACUCAGGUUGAGGAUGCUGUCAACGAGAACACUGCCAGACGAUACCGACACCCCUGGCAGGCAGCGAUCAUCACGUCGGAUUUUUCCUUCCUCUGUUCCGGUGUUCUCGUCAGCGCGACGACGAUCGUCACUGCUGCUUCCUGCGUUGAAGGCAAAACCCCAGCCGAGCUCCGAGGGCGCCUGGGCCAAUUGGAUUUAGUGUACAACAUCGAGGUUUUGGAGCCUGUCUACGAGAGUGCGGUUAGCUCCGUAGUCAUUCAUCCUAGGUAUAUAGAAACUGGUGGCUAUACAUACAAUGUCGCUCUUCUCAACUUGCAAGUUCCAGUCGAUUUUUGGAGAUUCCCGAACAUUCGACCGAUUUGCUUGCCAUCUCGCGCGCAGGUAGCAUUAGCGAAGGAUUCUUGCGUUGUGGCCGGGUGGCACGAUUCCCCCGAGAAGCUGGUUACAGUCACCCUGCUCAAACAGAGUAACUACGCUGAAGUGCCAUACAACAAAGUUUUCCGGAAUGUCAAUGAAGUUGUGACUCCUGCGUCGAAACCCGCUCCAACAACGCCUGCGGGAUCGCCGGCCCGAGGCGAGGAGACCGCCUCUGACUCUUCCCAAGAAUCCAAACCCAGCUACUCGUUUUACCAGCAAUCUUACAGUAAAAUUCUGCAAGACGCGUGCGUGAGAAUAGCAGGACAGCAGGAGUGCCAAACGGCGAUCAGCAAAAGCGGAGCGGCGGCCACUAACAAUCACCCGCAUUCCCACGACUUCGAACUGUGUCUUGUUAGAGGCUGCGUGCGGUCCGGGUCUCCAUGUUUCGCGGACUUGGGAGCGGCUGUUGCUUGUCCAGUUAAAGAAGGGCAUACCCCUAAUCUCAGCAAACAGGCGGUUUAUUACACAACUCCGCCGUAUACUUCAACAUUCGCCCCCACUACAACCGCGUUCCUUGCUUACACUGAGAACCUGAGCCCAUUUCCGCCUUCGAAUCAACAAACGUCAGCAGCGCCAUAUUCCACGCCACCGCCCUCAGCUAGCGCCAAAGAUAAAUUCGGCACCAGUGUCCAGGAGAAAUCCGGGGAUCAUCCCACUUUUAAAGUCUCUGCUUCCUUUCCUGAAGGCUGGCGAAGAAGAGUUUACUUCCUGACUGCAAUCGUGGUGAACGAGCCACGGUGCACCGAAUUCGGCGAGGAACCAACUGCUGUAAUCGGCGUUGAAUCCGUGUUGGACUUCAUCCACAGAGGAUCGCGCUAGUGGGAUAUGUCUUCAUUGAGUUUCCGUCCGGAAUUUCCUGCAAUUUGUAUUCAUGCGGAUUGUGCGUAGUCAGCGCAAAAAAAUAAAGGCGAACUGCUGUGAUUUGAGCAAAA